AAAGGAGUAUCAGAAGUGAACCAAUUUUAUAAACAUGAAGGACUAUUAGUGCUUCCUGUGAAAGAAUAAGGAUGAUUUUGGGUCUAAAUCCAAAGAUAAGGGACUAUUUUUAAGUUUUUUCCUCAAUCCACGAUGCUCAUCUUUCUUCUUGGAAAGAAAACACAGAAAAACAAAAUAACGCCCCUCUAUACAAUCACAAUUCACCAUACAGAACUAUAAACUAUUUCUGUUUGGAUUGCCCAGUUUCAAGAAUCUCCUGGUACAAUUGUAGGAAAUGGGACAAGAGAAAUGGUGUGUGGUGACAGGUGGAAGAGGCUUUGCUGCUCGGCAUUUAGUGGAAAUGCUGAUCCACUAUGAAAUAUAUCAUGUUCGUAUUGCUGAUUUGGGUCCUACCAUUAAACUUGAGCCUUCUGAAGAAAAGGGUACUCUUGGAAAAGCCUUGCAAUCUGGUCGUGCUGUAUAUGUAUCCAUGGAUCUUCUUAACAAGUCUCAAGUCCUCAAAGCUUGUGACGGAGCUGAAGUUGUCUUCCACAUGGCAGCUCCAGAUUCAUCAAUCAAUAGCUACAAACUCCACUAUUCAGUUAAUGUGGAAGGAACCCAGAAUGUAAUUGAUGCUUGCGUUGAGCUAAGAGUGAAAAGACUUAUUUACACCAGCUCUCCCAGUGUGGUGUUUGAUGGAAUUAACGGAAUUCUAAAUGGGGAUGAAUCACUGCCAUAUCCUGCUAAGCAUAAUGAUUCCUACUCUGCAACUAAAGCUGAAGGAGAGGCACUUGUUCUCAAGUCAAAUGGUACUAAAGGGCUGCUGACAUGCUGCAUUAGACCUAGCAGUAUUUUUGGCCCUGGUGAUAGGUUGCUCGUCCCUUCACUAGUCGCAGCUGCAAGGGCUGGCAAAUCUAAGUUCAUUAUUGGUGAUGGCAAUAACAUGUAUGAUUUCACUUACGUGGAGAAUGUGGCACAUGCUCAUGUGUGUGCAGAACGAGCUCUAGCAUCAGGAGGAGCAAGUGCAGAGAAAGCUGCUGGGAACGCAUAUUUCAUCACGAACAUGGAGUCCAUUAAGUUUUGGGAGUUUGUCUCGCUUGUUCUUGAAGGUCUUGGCUAUGACAGGCCAAGCAUUAAGAUUCCUGCAUCUGUUAUGAUGCCAAUUGCACAUUUGGUGGAGCUGACUUAUAAGCUGUUAGCUCCUUAUGGAAUGAAGGUCCCACAGUUGACUCCUUCAAGAAUCAGACUCCUCUCUCGCAGCAGAACAUUUAGUUGUUCAAAAGCAAGUGAUCGACUAGGAUACUCACCUAUCGUCCCACUUCAGGAGGGCCUAAGGAGGACAAUUGAAUCCUAUCCACAUCUGAGAUCUGAACAUGGGUCGGGAAAGGAAGGUCCUUCUAGAUCGUCUGGAUCUCUUUGUAAACUGUUCUUCCUCAUGGUGGUUUUCUCUCUAUUGAUUCUAAGCUUCCUCGGCAUCAUUUCGCCAUGGAGUUCGUUUGUCAUAGGAAUCCUAGCUGCCUUUGUUGUGUUCAUUAUAUAUGACAAAAGGAAGACAAAUUAGAUCAUUUAGUUCAACAAUUUACACGCAACUUUAAGCUCUACAGUUGCUGGGAGAGCUCUCAUUUCUGAGGAAAACCAAUAAUCAGCCAUACUGCAAGGGCGCACAACGUCAUUCACUCGUUGGAUCUUCUUCCUUGGGAGAAGCUUUCUUUUGCAAGUUCUUUUCUUGAAGGACUUUGUAUACAUUCUUGAGUACAAUAUCACAAUGCGCUUGUUCCAAGCCAGUUUUUCUGUCUCUGAUCUGAUGAUGCCUGCAGUAUACAAUUCACCUACCUAUCCUUUUGUUCCCUCUAACUAUUUUUGUUCUCUUGCCAAUAUUGUACAAUUCGCCUGCC